AUGAGCCCAACUCUCCAGAAUAUCAUGUCUUCACUGCAGAGAAGUGGAACAUUUAUCAAUUCUUUAAUUGCAGCGUUGACUAUUGGUGGGCAACAACUGUUCUCCUCUUUCACAUUCAGAUGUCCCUGUCAAGUUGGGAAAAAUUUCUAUUAUGGUUCCGCUUUUCUUGUCAUUCCUGCCUUGAUCCUUCUGAUUGCUGGCUAUGCUCUGAGAAGCCAAAUGUGGACAAUUACCGGUGAAUACUGCUGCAGCUGUGCCCCUCCACACCGGAGAAUCACCCCCCUGGAGCGCAAGCUGGCUUGCCUCAGGUUCUUCAGCAUCACUGGCAGGGCAGUUGUUGCUCCAUUAACGUGGCUGGCAGUGACCCUGCUGACAGGCACCUACUAUGAAUGUGCAGCAAGUGAAUUUGUAACUGUGGACAAUUACCCAGUGUUUGAUAAUGUCAGUGCCAGCAAACGAGAAGAGAUUCUGGCUGAAUUUCCAUGCUUUGGAUCAGCUCCUUCGGACCUAAUCCCAGUGAGAGAUGAAAUAGUUCUUCUGCACAGAUACCAGUCACAAAUGCUGGGCUGGAUUUUGAUCACCUUGGCAACCAUAGCUAUCCUAGUCUCCUACUGUUUGGCGAGAUGCUGCUCUCCCCUCACCUCUCUGCAGGAUUACUACUGGAACAACCACCUUCAGAAUGAGAGACAGCUCUUUGAAGAAGCAGCAGAGCAGCACUCCCGGCUCCUCAUCAUGCAGCGCAUAAAGAAACUAUUUGGCUUCAUUCCCGGGAGUAAAGAUGUCAAACAUAUCCGUAUUCCUUCGUGUCAGGACUGGAGAGAGAUUUCAGCACCCAGUCUUCUAUGCAUGGGUGAUUACUUGCAAGGUCACUAUAGCUUCCUUGGAGACAGGGUGGAUGAGGAUAAUGAGGAGGACAAGUCAAGAGGUAUUGAAUUAAAACCUUAA